CUUCAUAUUGAGCUUCUGCGCUUUCCUUCUUGUUUUCAUUUUGAUGUAGAAGCAUUGACUUUGGUACACUUCAACAAAAAACCCAUACAAUGUUUAUGCCAAAGCAACAUCGAGUCACCAUCUAUGAGUAUUUAUUCAAGGAGGGUGUUAUGGUGGCUAAAAAGGACUUCAAUGCCCCAAAACAUCCGGAACUCGAAAACAUACCCAAUCUGCAUGUUAUUAAAACAAUGCAAUCCCUUGAAUCUCGGGGUUUAGUGAAAGAACAAUUUGCUUGGAGACAUUUUUACUGGUAUCUCACUAAUAAGGGUAUCGAAUACCUCCGGACAUACCUUCAUCUACCACCGGAAAUCGUUCCUUCGACGCUUAAGCGAACCGUCCGGACAGAAUCUGCACGUCCACGCUCAACAGCAGCUCCACGAUCUGAAGGCUCCAAGUUCCAUGAAGACAGAUCCUCCUAUCGUCGAGCUCCAGCUGGUUCCGGACCCGAUAAGAAGGGUGAUAUUGGACCUGGAGCUGGUGAUGUGGAAUUCCGUGGUGGAUUUGGUCGUGGUAGUCGUCCACAGUAAUUGUGUAAAUUAUUACUACUCUGAAAAAUAAAAUUACAU